AUGCUGCCGAUCUUCCUCCUAACCCUGGCCGGUGUCAGCCAGGCCGUGCCCCAGAAGCCGAACCUGGACGCCAUCCUCAACCGAAGAACUGAUGUCUACAUAGCUGGGUUUUUUCCCUUCGGCAAGGGCGUGGAGAACUCAAACACUGGUCGAGGCGUGAUGCCGAGCGUGAAGCUGGCGCUGGACCACGUCAACGAGCACGACUCCGUGCUGAGGAACUACCGGCUGCACAUGUGGUGGAACGAUACUGAGUGCAAUGCAGCUGUUGGCGUGAAGUCUUUCUUCGAUAUGAUGCACAGUGGCCCUCACAAGCUGAUGCUGUUUGGAGCAGCUUGCACUCACGUCACGGAUCCUAUAGCCAAGGCUUCCAAACACUGGCAUCUGACGCAGCUUUCAUACGCAGACACCCACCCGAUGUUCACCAAGGAAGCGUUCCCGAACUUCUUCCGAAUCGUGCCUUCAGAGAAUGCCUUCAAUGUGCCCAGGAUUAGGUUACUGCAGCACUUCAACUGGACCAGGGUCGGCACCAUCUACCAGAACGAACCAAGAUAUGCCUUGGCGCACAACCGGCUCCUGGCUGAUUUGGACUCCAAUGGGUUCCUAAUAGAAGAGACCCAGAGCUUUGCGACAGAAGUUAGGACCGCUCUCUCCAAGCUGAAGGAGAAGGACGUCAGGAUCAUCCUGGGUAACUUCAAUGAGACCUGGGCUAUGAAGAUCUUCUGCGAAGCUUACAAAUUGGAGAUGUACGGAAGAGCUUACACCUGGCUUCUUCUGGGGACGUACAGCAACAAAUGGUGGUUGCGCCGCGCCCCGUGCUCCAAACGAGACCUCACCACGGCCCUCGAUACCACAAUUCUGACUGAUUUACUACCACUUUCCACAACUGGUGAAACUACUGUAUCAGGAAUUUCCGCAAAAGAUUACCAAGUUGAAUAUGAUCGAAGAAGAGGCACGGAAUACUCAAGAUUUCAUGGAUAUACAUAUGAUGGUAUUUGGGCAAUGGCCUUAGCUAUACAAACGGUUGCUCAACGGGUGAAAUUGAAACACAAGGAGAAAACAGUGCAGGAUUUCCGUUAUAGAGACAAAGAAUGGGAACAACUGUUCCUAGAUGCACUGAGCAAUGUUACCUUUGAAGGAGUAACGGGUCCAGUACGUUUCUACGACAACGAGCGUAAAGCAUCGAUCCUACUCAAGCAGUUCCAGGGAGAUGAAGUAGGAGAAGUGAAAGUGGGCGAAUACUGCGCGGAAAGAGAUCACCUAGACCUUGUCAGUUGGGAACCAUUUAAAUGGAUUGGAAAGAAUCCGCCAAAAGAUCGCACACUGAGACUCAUUGAGCAUACGCAAGUUAACAUCACGAUCUACUCAGUGCUAGUAUCUUGUUCAGUUCUUGGCAUCCUGCUAGCCACGGGCUUCUUAGCGAUGAACAUACAUUACAGAAACCAAAGGUAUAUAAAAAUGUCGUCACCACAUUUGAAUAACCUGAUCAUCGUGGGCUGUAUGCUCACUUACUUGAGUGUUAUUUUCCUCGGUCUAGACUCCAGCCUUAGCAGCAUAGCUGCCUUCCCGUAUAUUUGUACUGCCAGAGCGUGGUUGCUGAUGGCUGGAUUCAGCUUGGCCUUUGGAGCCAUGUUCUCAAAAACCUGGCGAGUUCAUUCCAUCUUUACAGAUGUCAAAUUAAAUAAGAAGGUGAUCAAAGAUUACCAGCUAUUCAUGGUUGUUGGGGUCCUACUAUGUGUAGAUUUAGCCAUAAUGACAACGUGGCAAAUAUCAGACCCAUUCUACAGAGCCACAAAGCAAAUGGAACCUUACCCACACCCUUCGAGUGAAGAUAUAGUUAUAGUGCAAGAAAACGAAUAUUGUCAGUCGGAAAGAAUGACUAUAUUUAUUGGUAUUAUUUACGCCUACAAAGGCCUACUCUUGGUUUUCGGAGCUUUCCUCGCCUGGGAGACAAGACACGUAUCAAUACCAGCCCUAAAUGACUCAAAACACAUUGGCCUAUCAGUUUACAACGUCCUUAUCAUGUGUAUCAUGGGAGCCGCUAUUGCAUUGGUCCUGUCUGAUCACAAAGAUGCGCUUUUUGUCCUGAUUGCUAUAUUUAUUAUAUUCUGUACUACAGCUACGUUAUGUCUCGUUUUUGUGCCUAAGCUUCUAGAACUUCGCCGUAAUGGUCAACCUGGCUCAGCACCGACCAGGAUCCGUGCUACCCUCCGGCCGGCCUCAACUCAUGAAUGUCGGUCACCAGGGCCAGAACUUGAAAGGCGGCUUAAAGAACUACGACAAUACAAUACCAGAUACAGAAGGACGCUUCAAGCCAAAGAGAAUGAGAUACAGAUGCUUCUGAGCAAGUUGGGAAGUGACGCUGGUUCAGAAUCCUCGACGCGAGACUCCAAAUCUCCUGCCAUGCAACGGACCAGAUUGCCGGUUCCUAGAGAAAACAUCAGCCAUCCUGAGACUAGCGACAUAACAUCGGUGUGUAGUCUCAGCGCAUCAGCCGGUGCAGAAGCGGAAUAUAUCAACCUUCAGAAUCAGCAAGCCAGUGAAAUAAUAAAGCCAUCAGCGCCGCCGGAACCUCUCAAAGAAGUUCCCAAGGAAUCGAAGAAGGAGCAGACGAAAAAUGUUUCCUUCAAGAACCAUCUGGACUACACCAGUCCACCGUCUUCUAAAGCUGUGCCUGAAAAGGACCAACUGGCCAAACUUCCUUAUGGAUGGUCCGCAGAGGAACCUUCAGAGCCAACAAUGAAACCAUCGGCUAAAAUUUCUGAGUCUGCCAAAGCCGAUGCCAAGACUACGCCUGCAUUGAAACAAAGUGACAUGACUAUUAAACCCAUACCUUCAAAAGUACAAGAAUCUAUGUAUACUAAAGCAACACCGCCUAAAGUAAAUAAGACGCCAGAAUUCCAAAAGAAGACUGUCAAGACCUCAGAUUCCAUUUCCACUAAGACGACACCGUCUCGUGAACACAAGGAGCACAAAACGGGAGCAAGGGGCCACCGCCGGAUGUCCAGCGUGAGUCAGGGGGUGUUGCUGACUGAGCUGAUGCACGUGUCGAUAGACCAGGAUGACGUGGAACCCCCGCCUGGGAUGGAGAGGAAAGUCAUAGGUCAAGAAAGAGACCCUCCCCCGCCAGUUACUAAGACUAAGCAAGAAAUAGAAGAUAUUUUAGACAUCGAUCAAGAUUAUUCAUCAAUAGAAAGAAGAAAGUCUUGUCAAAGAAGAGACUCUGAAAAAAGAAAGAAGGAGUUUAUUGUUGUGCAAAGUGACUUAUGGGACACGAACACAUUCCAAUACACGUGUCAGAAAUCGCCUCCAGCCACAACAAAACAUGCAAGCUCUCCGCAUGAUGGUCAUCAUCAUUCUCCGAUGCAGAGAAGUGUAUCGGAGAAGAGUCGGCAGCAGUCAUCUCCCCACCACCACCGAGACCCUGACGCAAUGACAGUAGAAAGAAGAGCCUCUAAUGCCUCCAUUAAUUAUGCUGGCACAAGAGGUGGAACUCCAGAAGGUUAUCGGGAAGCAGAAACCCUCAGAAUGACGGAUAGAUUAGCUAAACGUCGAGGGUCAGAGUUCCCGCAGCCUGUCAGUACCCCUCCACAUCAGUCUCAAGCUAAGAGAAGACAGUCUUCUGCUCAAGUAAAACCCUACCAAGAAGACAAAACAGAAAAACCAGACACCAAAACUCGAAGACACGAAGACAUACGGAAGCCUAUUCAAGAACCUCACGAACCGAACUGGCGGCCUGACCCUGACACUAUCAGAGUAUCCAAAGGUCAGGACUCUCCCGCCAAGCGGCUGAGGCAAGAGGCUGAGCCGCUGAAGAGAGCGAAGGGGGUCGGAGACUCUCCGAGACUGACGCAAGCCCAUCAAACCACACCGAGGCCGGAUCAUCAUAAAAGUAGCCCUAAUGUAGCGUCAAGACAUAAAUCAGGUUCACCAAACAAGCGAGAAGACCGCAAAUCGGCGUCCUACAGCCGCAGCGACUCCAAACGCCAAGAAUCCGUGGAACAGAGAAAGAUGUACACCGCCAGCUCUGAAUCGGAACUCUUCGAAUGCGCCAUCUUGCCCAUCUUCCAUAAACUACUUACUGAACGUCACAAAAGCCAACCGCAUGGCCUCAACCUUAGUUACGGAGUUAGCUGCCCUAAUAUAUCGAUAAAAUGCGAUAUUGUUGAGUAUUUGUAGGUAGUUAAUAUGGAUAAGGGUUGGACCUUAUUUGGUAAGAUUUAUUCAUAAGAAAACGCAAAAGAAUCUAGAGUACAGUCGUAAGUUUAGACCGUUAUUUUCAAUCUUUGUCAAAAUGACGUUUGCGUUCGCGCCAAAAAGAACUUUUGGAAACUAAAAUGUACAUACUUAGUUAAGUUUAUUAUCUAUUAACAUUUGCCGGCAGACAUGCGAUGGACUUUAUUUCUGUAAUAAUCAAAUGAUAUCGGUUAUUUAACUGUAUCAAAAUUAUUUACCUACAUGUGGGCCUCUCACAUUAUUAUGAUUAAGUACUAUUUUUUCUAUGAGCAAUAUCCUCAUUAAAGGGUCCAUUGUAGGUACCUGUUACCUUUUAUAAAAUAUGAUAAUUAGGAUAACUUAUGUUUAUUCAUCUAUUUAGAUUAUUGACUGACUCCGUCAUUAACUCACUGUCCUUCUCCAUUUUCCUUUUUCCUUCAUGGAAUCUUCAGGGUUACCAUUACUAUCAAUUUUUUUCCCCAAACUUAAUAUUUUUAUACAACAAAAUCUAAAAAUAUAAUUAAGUCACUGUAACUGUCUUGAAGAUAAAUAGUAAGUCGAUAUUAUUAAGAAAACUAACUACCUAAAUAUGAAUGUUUAAUUUAGGGAAAAUCAACGACAAGUUCGCUCACGGGUCUUAAUAAUAAAGGUUAAAAAAGAAUAUUAGGUAUGUAUAAAAUUGUAACGUCGGAUAUUUUUAAAACAUCGAAAAAUUUAUUACAUAGAAGCGUUCAUAAUUUAAUAAAUAAGUUCUUAACCACUUACAACUGAUUCAUUGCAAUUCGCACAUAAAACUGUAAAAUAACGCACAUUAUUUGUGGUUGUUAAGUUUAAACUUUGUGCAAUUAAUUAUUUGUUGUAUCUGUAUUUUUAAUAGACCUAGAUUUGAUUAACUUAUUGAUAAAGAGAAAAUGAACGUACGGUAGCAAAAAAUAUUGUAUAACGUUAGUAGAAAUACUACUUUCUUAAAAAAUAAGAUAAAAUUCAAUGUUUUGUUUCCAGAAAUGUUAUAUGAUAAUACCUAUGAGUUGGGAUAAAUUCUGAACAUUAUGUGAUGUUUCUAGUCAACGUUAAUUAUGUAACUAGUCGCUAGUUCACAUUGUUCAAUUCUAAA